CCAUAUUCUACCGACAACAAUAAUAAUGGUACGACCUCUCAAUGUGACAGUGCCAAAACUGGUACCUUCUCAACGACAUUAUGCCAACUUUUUGAAGUUACUCAUUGCUGCUGAAAUUGCUAGUGUCAAAAUCAACCAAAUCCCAGGAGAUACCUUGACCGUAUUAUUUGACGACAUUACUAUCCAUGAUCCCAAUGUAGCGGUUAGAUAUAUUUUGGAUGCUACUACCUUUAAUCUUGAAACCAAUUUUGCAAUUGAAAAGGAAUCUACUGUAUUUGGCCCAUUGAUCAACAAGAAGAAGUACGACAGUACUCUCAAGGAUAUCAACCAAUUUAUGGAACAAUACGAUAUCUUUACUCAUUCUGACAAAUUGACUGCGGUAGACGCUAUUUAUUAUGGAUCUUUAUAUGAAACUUUGUCUGAUAUUGAGGCUGCCAAAUAUCCAAAGGUGGCUGCAUGGGCUCAUCUCGCUUCUCAAACCUCUGCUGUCAAGGCUGCUUUAGACAUUUUGGGUCAACAGAUUCAAACCAAGGCUCCCAAGAGGAAACAUCAAACUACUGAAAAGAAGACUGUGGAAGUAUCUCCUUUGGGGGAUUUAAAUCCUGCAACACAGAAGCUCAAUGAUCAAGUGGUGUUCAAACCUUUACCUGAAGGUCAAAAAGUAACUCCUGUUGAAGGCGAACGAAACAUUUUGAUCACUUCAGCACUUCCUUAUGUCAAUAACAUUCCUCAUUUGGGCAACAUCGUAGGAUCAACAUUGAGUGCAGAUGUCUAUGCAAGAUACUGUCGGUUACGUGGCUAUAACACUCUUUAUAUCUGUGGUACUGACGAAUAUGGAACAGCUACGGAAACCAAGGCUCUGGAGGAAGGUGUGUCAUGUCAAGCUCUUUGUGACAAGUACAAUGCAGUACAUACUAGUGUGUACAAAUGGUUUGAUCUUUCUUUUGAUAAGUUUGGACGCACAACUACUGAAAAACAAACUCAAAUUACUCAAGAUAUCUUCAAAAAGGUGAAUGAUAAUGGCUAUGUAAUUCAAGAUUCUAUGACUCAACUAUUCUGUGAACAAUGUCAACGCUUUUUGGCUGAUCGUUAUGUGGAAGGUAUCUGUCCCAAUUGUCAAUAUGUAGAUGCACGUGGUGAUCAAUGUGAUGCUUGUGGUCGUCUUCUCAAUGCUACUGAAUUAAUCCAACCUCGCUGUAAAUUGGAUGGUAAUUCUCCUGUUACUAAGGAUUCCCGACAUUUGUUUUUGGAUUUGGGCAAAUUGCAAGAUGGAAUUGAAGAGUUCAACAACAGAUCCAACGUUGAAGGCAAAUGGUCUGCUAACGGUAUCAAUAUUACUGGAUCUUGGUUGAAGGAAGGUCUUCGUCCUCGUUGUAUUACUCGUGAUUUGAAAUGGGGCACCUCUGUACCACUGGAAGGUUUUGAAAAUAAGGUAUUUUAUGUAUGGUUUGAUGCUUGUAUUGGUUACCCAAGUAUUACCGCCAAUUAUACUGAUGACUGGGAAAAAUGGUGGAAGAAUCCAAAGAACGUUCAUCUCUAUCAAUUCAUGGGUAAAGACAAUGUACCUUUCCAUUCUGUUAUCUUCCCUGGAACUCAAUUGGCUACAAAGGAAGACUGGACUAUGGUACAUCAUAUCAGCACUACAGAAUACUUGAAUUACGAAGGAGGAAAAUUCAGUAAAUCACGAAACGUGGGAGUCUUUGGUACCAACGCAGAAGAAACUGGCAUUCCUCCAUCUGUAUGGCGUUAUUACUUGUUAUCUGGUCGACCUGAAACUAAUGAUUCGAUGUUCACAUGGAACGAAUUUAUCACCAAAAACAAUGCAGAAUUACUCAACAAUCUUGGCAACUUUGUCAACCGUGCUAUCAAGUUUGUGUUGGCCAAAUAUGAUGGCGUCCUUCCUGCUGCAACUGAAACACCUUUGAAUGGCGAACUUGAAGUCAAGUUGGUGAAGGAUGUGAAUGAAUUGUUGGCACAAUAUGUGGAUCAAUUGGAACAAGUCAAGUUACGUGCAGGUCUUGCGACAGCGAUGGCAAUUUCGGCUCGUGGCAACCAAUAUCUUCAGGAAUCCAAUUUGAGCAAUGGAUUGUACAAUGAUCAACGUCCUCAAUGCAAUGCGGUAGUGACUACGGCGCUUAACUUGAUUUAUAUUCUUUCGUCAUUGAUUUAUCCAUACAUGCCCGCUACCUCUGACAGUAUCUCUCGACAAAUCAAUGCUCCUCUUCGCACGAUCCCUGAUACCUUUUCUUAUGAUCUUCAUGGUGGUCACAAGCUCAAUGGUGCUGAAUACCUGUUUACAAGAAUUGAUGAAAAGAUGGAACAAGUUUGGAAAGCGAAAUAUGGUGGUAGCAAGAAUGAUGAAGGCAAAUAGAAUAGGAUAGCAUAGAAUAGGUUUAGACGAUCUUUUAUUAUAUCACUAUUAGUUAUUUAGUUUGAUGAUGUAUAUUUGUAUUGUAAAUACGUUGGUAUAUGAACAAAGCAAUGAAAUUGAAAUAAAAUAUAUUUAUAUAAA